AUGAUAGAAGCCGGAGUCAUAAGCGAAGCGAUCCUACCAUCUUCUGCUUCCUUCCCCUUCCCCUCACAUGCUGUGAUUGUGCAUGCUCCUCGUCAAACUCAGGAUACAAACCCUUUACCUGGAGGUGCUGCAACUGGAGUUGACAUUGAUGCUCAGCUUCCAUCCACGGACCUUGUGAUGUCCGCAAAGAACGAUAUUCCUCAGAAAGAUGGAUCUGGUGAUGGAGAUGAUGCUGACAUAAAGCCAAACACUAAUGCUCCUUAUGAUGAAGAUGAUGAGGAUCUGAACGAGAAUGAUGAUGUGAAGAAGAAGAAGGGUACGAACAAAUGGGACUGCAAAUUCAAAGCUGGAGUUAUGCAGAUCAACGACAAAGAUUUUUUUUUCUCUGAGGCUAAAGGAGAUUUCAACUUCUAA